AUGAAUGGAAAUAUUGCUGCUACAUCAAAAAGUUAUCUUUGGUGCAUUCCCAUUUUCUGCCUUUUGAUACUGUGGAACACAAUCCCCUCCGAAGUUAACGAAGAGUUUAUAAUUUGUAAAAAGGAAAUCGAAAAACGUUUUUACGUCAACAAUGCAAAGUGCAAAAUUCCCUACGUGGAGCCCUUCAGUUCAGAGUUCAUGAAACUCUACAAACCAAAGAAGUUCACUCCAUGCUCCAACCAAAGUGACCUCAUUUCGGUGCAGUUCGACAAAAUGUUUAAUCAAUAUGUGCUCCACGUCAAUGAGGAAGUCCUUCACAAGCUGUCUCAGUCGAAAUCUAAUGAAUUCGCCUGCUUUUAUCAGAAAAUUAUUUACGGUCAUUCAGCGGAUUCAAUCUAUAAAAAGGGUAACAAAAUAGAAAUCACUCAGGACUAUUUGGUGCCCUUAGAUGUGGAAGGAAUGCUGGUGGAUUGCAGGACAGCGGACGAGAAGAGAACCCUCCAAAAGGAUACUCUAAUAUUUGUCCAAAAUAGGAAACCUCCUCCCAAAUUACAGGAAGAAAGAAAGCCCAGUGUUAUAAUGUACGGCAUAGAUACUGUUUCCCGAACCAAUUUGCGUCGGAUGAUGCCCUUGGUUUACGAGUUCCUUAAAUCACCAGGAUGGUUCGAAAUGAUGGGCUACAAUAAGGUGGCUGACAAUUCCUUUCCCAAUAUAUUCGCCUUGCUAACUGGCUUUUCCCCGAAAUCGGCAGCCGAUAGGGUUUGCAAUACGAGUUUAGAAGGAUGUCUGGACAAAAUUCCCUUUAUAUGGAAGGACAUGAAGAGGGGCGGCUAUCUAACAGCCUAUGCUGAAGAUUCGCUUUCCAUAAACACCUUUAAUUACAUGAAACCAGGCUUCUCUUACCUUCCCACAGACUUCUACUUCCGCCCAUUCCUCAAUGCUCUUGAAAAGGAGACUAUAAUCCAAUAUUGCCCAAGUUGCAAAAGGAAAUAUUGUCUGGGUCGCCGAUUGGCCAAUAGCUAUAUCUACGAUUACUGUCGCCAAUUUAUGCAGAGAUUUGUGGCCGAUCGUCCCAUUUGGGGAAUGUUCUGGUCAAACCACUUUAGCCACGAGGACUUGUUUUUGCUUUCCGCCAUGGAACACAAAGUCUUGAAUGAUCUGCUGAACUUCGAGAAGGACGGAGCUUUCGAGCACACAAUUAUGAUAUUCUUCUCGGAUCAUGGAGUUCGGUUUGGUCCACUGAUGCAUUUGAAAGAAGCGUUUUUGGACGGAAGACUUCCCAUGAUGUUUAUUUACUUGCCACCUUGGUUUCGGGAGAAGUACCCUGAAUACGUCGAGGCUUUAAACCAAAAUCAGCAUCGUUUAAGUUCGAAUUAUGAUUUGUACAACACCCUGAAGCACAUUCUUAGCAUUGAAGAGAAAGUAGAGGGCACAAAGUGGUCAUAUGAGUGUCCCCAAUGUCAAUCGCUCUUUUAUCCGCUUCCCGAGAAUCGCAGUUGCUUAGAGGCUGCCAUACCGGAGGCUUACUGUACCUGCCACGACUACGAGGAAGUCAAAGAGGAACCGUGGACCUGGCGAAUGGCCAAUCUGGUUGUGGAUCGCAUAAACCAUUACCUACAGCUAAAAAACCUACAAAAUCUGUGCAGCAAUCUGACUUUAAGAGCAGUUAACUUAACCGAGCAGAGAAUGAUUAAUGAGGAUGGAAUUCUAGAAAACGGAAUGCAGAACUAUCACACAAAGUUCCAGGUUAACCAGAAUUUGGCCGAAUUCUUCGCCACCACUCUCUACAACAAAGAAACUGAGGAGCUGAAGAUCGAUGUGGCGAUCAGUCGCAUUAAUAUGUAUGGACCGCGAUGCGACUGCGUUGACGAUAAAUUUCAAAAGUUAUAUUGCAUUUGCCAAUCGAACUUAAGGAUAAAUAAGCCCACUAUACCUAUUGGUUCUUUAAAUUAGAAUGAUCUUAUAAAUUUACCACAUAAAUAAAAGCCUUAUCAUGCAAGCUAG